AAGAUAUUUAAAGGAAUACAAAAGUAAAUUCAAGCAACAAACACUAUUAGAUAAAUGGUUACAAACAUUAUUGAAAGAGUAAAAUAGGAGAAAUUUGCUUGUGUAUUUUUGUGAAUGCAAACUAAACUGAAACCAAAAGCGGGACAACUAGCAUGAGAUAAUAAUUGUGUUCAUUUUCUGAAUUAAAAAGAAAAAAGAUUUUGUAAAAUUUCGAAUUGGAACAGCAAAAAAGUAAAGCAUAUACACCAAUAAAAUAAAAAUAUACGAGGUAUCGAAGACAUAAAAAUUAGAAAAUGGCAGAUCAACAGUUCUUUUUAAAAUGGAAUGACUUCCAAACGAAUAUGGUGACAUCAUUCCGUCACUUACGGGAUGAGAAAAGUUUUACAGAUGUGACAUUGGCGUGUGAAGGACAAACAUGCAAAGCACACAAAAUGGUUUUGUCGGCGUGUAGUCCCUACUUCAAAUCCUUACUGGAGGAGAAUCCGUCAAAACAUCCGAUAAUUAUUCUGAAAGACGUUUCAUAUUCACAUCUACAAGCGAUUUUGGAGUUCAUGUAUGCCGGUGAAGUAAACGUGUCUCAGGAACAAUUACCAGCAUUUUUAAAAACAGCCGAUCGCCUUAAAGUCAAAGGCUUAGCUGAGACACCAUCAUCAAUUAAAAGGGAAUGAUUAUUUUUUUUUAAAUGAAGAUAUUUAAAGGAAAUUAAACACUUUUUUUAAAGAAUAUUCUUUACAACACGAACACAUAGUAAAUAUAAUUAAUAUUAAUAAUAAUAAUACUGCACCGAACAGCGUUCCUUCGCCUUGGUGGUUUAUUUAAAUAAAUAAAUAUAUUAAAUUUUAAAUAUGUUUCAUCAAGCAAUUUUGAGAGAGAUAUAUAAAUUUUGGUUUGAAUUUCAAAAUUAAUUUGCAUAAAAUAAAUCUAAAUGGUAUAAAAUUCAAAUAGUAUUUAA